CUAUAACAGAGAAAAAAGAAGGGUUGAUCUGGAAAGCUUAGGUGAUUGAUCAAGACUUUACAGGUUUGGCUGAAGUGCUAAAGUGCUGAUUAAUAGUGUUUCACUUUUACUCAAUGGAUUUACACCUGAUUCUGGCUAACUUAAAAGAAAUGUGAAGACUUUAAACAGCAUGGGUAGUUUUGCCCAAGACUGGUGGGACAGCAGGAAAUGGUUCCAAUUAUGGAUGGUGGCGCUGGUCCUCCGGUUACCAUGGACGCAGGGGGAAGUGAUGUCACAGGACCAGUUUCACUUCACAUCGCAGCUUUACAAUGCCACCAUCCCAGAGCGGGCACCCAGCAGAAGUUAUAUCACUGCCUCGCAGAAAAUGGGCAUUUACAUCACAGAUCCCAAAGUGGAAGUGAAUUACAGAAUCGUGGACGAUGAUCGCUCAGAUAUUUUCAAAGUGGAGCAUAAGAGAGUGGGAGAUUUUGUGUUUUUACGAAUUCGUACACACACUAGUAGUUAUGGGAGUCUAAAUCGUGAAUUAAUUAGUAAAUAUUAUUUAAAAGUGAAAGCAACAGGACAAGUGACACAGAGGGAUGUUUUAACAACGUAUACUAAUGUGAUAAUCCGAGUGCAGGAUAAGAAUGAUCUCAGUCCUUUAUUCGACAGGGAAAAUUAUAAUGCUACUGUGUCAGAAGACACUGGAUUACAUUCCACUAUUUUGACUGUUUCUGCAUCCGACGGUGAUGAAGGAAUCAAUGCAGAAGUGUACUACAGUCUUGUGACAAAGACAAAUUCCUUUGCCAUUCAUCCAACCUCAGGAGCCGUAACAGUCACUCGACCAUUAAAUUUUUUGGAAAGACGCAUAUACCAUCUCACAGUGACUGCCCAAGAUAGGGGACCCAAAUCAAUAUACAGUGCUGCCAUGCAAAGAAAUGCGAACAUAACAAUACAUGUCACACAAGCAAACUCUAAUGCACCAGAAAUAAUUGUGAAAAGUUUUCCUAACAUCAAAAAUACAGGGACGUCUGGUGUCGUGUAUGCUGUGUUAACUGUUCGAGAUGUUGACAUUGGGAAAAAUGGUGAAAUCAAAAAUGUUUCAAUCUAUAAUGAUCCAAGUGGUCUUUUUAAAGUGCUUCCAUCAAAAGACACUGUCGGUGAAUAUCACCUAUUGUAUACAAACUCUCAGCGCGAGAGCUCCAUUUUUAACAAUUUCUAUAUAACCAUAAAAGCCUCCGAUUCAGGAAAUCCCCCAAAAGUGACUGACAAAAAAAUUCAUGUUCAUAUCGAUGACCUUAACGACUAUGGUGCUAUAUUUGUCUCUGACCGUUACAAGGCGUCAGUUGCAGAGGACGUUCCGAUAGGUUCCUCUGUGUAUUACGUACAACCCAGUGUUACAAAUCAAAAGGGAGUAAAACCUCAACUCAUGUACGAAAUUGCAUCUGGAAAUGACAAGAAUUUAUUCGAAAUCAAGAAAGAAACCGGUUUAAUUAGAACUGCCUCUCUUUUAGAUGCAGAGACCGAUUCCUCGGUAGAACUAGUCAUCAAUGCUUACGAUCCAAAAUCCAUAGGAACUCUUCUAAGAGGAUCCGCAACUCUCACCAUAGACAUACUUGACACAAACGACAAUGCCCCAGUUUUCCAGGUUAAUCAGACUAAUAUCGUUUUUGAUGAAAAUACACCUGAGGGCACUGUAAUCUACAAAGUAGUCGCUACAGAUGCUGAUCAAGGCAUGAAUGCCAGAGUCAGUUAUUCCAUCACUAACCAAGAAUCAUUGCCAUUUGAAAUUGAUCAUUUUACGGGUGAUAUCAAACUCACUAAAAGCCUUGACUAUGAGACCAUGAGAAAAGACUACAGGGUUGUUGUCCGAGCAACAGAUUGGGGCAGCCCUUUCAGCAGGGAAUCAGAAAUUCUUCUUUAUUUUCAACUGCACAAUGUGAAUGACAACAGUGCAUUGUUUGAGAAAAUAAAUUGCUCAGGGUACCUGUCCCGUGAGGCUCCCAUGGGGACAGACAUUGUCACCACUCCAGCGGUGGACUUUGAUUACAGUGAUCUCACGUAUUCCAUCAAGUCUGGCAAUGAGGAUGGCUGCUUUGAAGUUGAUCCAAGAACGGGAAGGUUAACUCUGAAUUGUAGCAUGGAAGAGCACAACCAAGACCAACGUCAGAUCACCAUUGUCGUCAGCGAUGGAAAAUUUGACUCUGAUCCAGUUUUCGUAAACUUGACUUUGGUUAAUAAUAAAAAGAAUAUGCAGUUGUCGAAUAAGGAUGCCAAUGUGCAGUGUCAGAACACAGAUGCUUCAGAUAGACUUCUCAAGAUACUGCAGGUGUCCAGUCAUAAUAACAAUGAUGGUCCUUCCAUUGAACCCAAAUUAGCAGCCAUAGAAACAACUAAUGAUCAUGCACCCCAGUUCAAUUCUACCCUAUCCAACACACUAGAAAUCUCUGAAAGUACAAUUAUAGGCACUAGCAUUUUAAAAAUUGGGGCUACUGAUGAAGACCCUGGCUUUAAUGGCUUGAUACAAUUUGCUCUCCUGGAUGGUGACCCAUAUGACCAGUUUAAAGUUGACCCUUUCUCUGGGGACCUCAUAGUCAUUUCUAAGUUAGAUAGAGAACAUGUACCAAAAUAUAACCUUGAAAUCCAAAUCUCAGAUAUGGCAGAAUCAACAAAAAGAAAGUCUGCUUCAACUGUUAUUAGUAUCAGUUUGAAAGAUGAGAAUGAUAAUGAACCAGAGUUUGAGAAAGAUGAAUAUGAGGCCUCGGUGUUUGAAAGUAUCCUAGUGAAUGCCACAGUGGUGCAAGUUAUAGCUACAGAUCGGGAUAUUGGAAACAAUGGGGAAGUGGUCUACUCUUUAGCUGGAGAAGAAGACAAGUUUUGUGUGGAUUCAAAAAGUGGAAUAAUUUCUGUGAAGAAGCCUCUAGAUAGAGAAAUACAAAGUGUGUACUAUCUUCCAGUGAGAGCUAGUGAUCUUGGCAAGAAACCCCUGUCCUCUACAGCCACUGUUAAAGUGAUUCUGCUAGAUGACAAUGAUAACAUCCCUAAGUUUGUCCCAGAGAAUUAUGAUAUCAAGAUUCAAGAGGACAUUCCUGUGGGAACUGUGGUCACCACCAUCAAGGCUGAGGACGGGGAUGAGGGAGAAAAUGGCAGGCUGACGUACAGCCUCAUCUAUGGCGUCGAGGACACGUUUGAAAUUGACGGCGACACCGGAGUCAUCCGCCUCCUCAAACCUCUGGACUACGAGACCAAACAGGUGUAUAAUUUAAGUGCUCAUGCAGAAGAUGGGGGCACUCCAUCCAUGGUGUCUGCAUGCUCCAUCAACAUUGAAGUAGUGGAUGUGAAUGAGAACUAUGAAGCGCCGGAGUUCGGAGAUUUCGUGGGAUAUGGAAUUGUGAAGGAGAACAUUCCAGUGGGUUCAAAGGUCAUGACCGUCACAGCUCAUGACCCUGAUGCGGAUCCUCUGGAAGUUUCCAUGGCAACCCCUGUCACCUACUCCAUCAGAGAAGGAAGUGGUCUGGGAUUUUUCAGUAUUGACAAUGAAGGCAUCAUUCGGACGAGUCGUGUAUUGGACUGUGAGAGUGCCUCCUACUACUGGCUGACAAUAUAUGCUACGGACAGAGGCCUGGUCCCUCUCCACACUCGCCACGAGGUCUACAUCAAGGUCACGGAUGUCAACGACAACAUCCCUCAGAUGCAGCGGCCAAUAUAUUUCAUGAACGUGACGGAAAACGCAAGGGAGGGAACCGUCGUGGGACAGGUUCAGGGUUACGAUAAUGACGUGACAUCGCAUCAGGAACUGAGUUACAGCAUCGCCGAGACGGAUCCUUCAUCGUAUUUCAGGAUAAACCGAGUCACAGGAGUGAUCACAACAACAAGAAAGAGACUAGACAGAGAAAGACAAGAAAAACACAUCUUACAGAUUGUGGUGUCUGAUUCUGGUUUUCCUGUCCUGUCCUCCACUGCUUAUGUGGUCAUUCAAAUCCUGGACCAGAAUGACAAGAGGCCGGAGUUCCUGGAGAAGGUCUACAGAGCCCGGAUGAUGGCAGUUACAGAGGACAAAGGGAAGACCCCCUUACUGAGAGUCACGGCCAGGGACGAGGACAUCGGUCCCAAUGGCCAGAUUACAUACAGGCUGAAGGGCAAAAAACAGACAUUCGGCAUUGACAAAAACACUGGGAUGAUUUAUGCUAAAGGUCUCCUUAAUGUUGGGAGUUAUGACUUAAAGGUUCAGGCUUUUGAUAAUGGUAAAGACAAGAAGAAAGCCACCGCAAGAGUGAGGCUGGCGGUUCUCCGCGGACCCACCAUGUCUCCGAACCCUCCCAAAUUCCCCCUCCCCCACUACGAGGUCCAGCUGAUGGAGAACUGUAAGGUCGGGGAGGUACUGGACGUGUUCCACGCUGACGAUGCGGACGGGGACAAACUGUGGUACUCCCUGACAGAUGGUGAUCCAGAGAACCAGUUUGUUAUAAAUCCUGAGUAUGGAAACAUAGUGACAGCCAAGAAACUGGACCGUGAACGACGGGACCAUUACAAUCUGACCGUCAUGACAACGGACGGCGUCCAUCAAACUUCUGUCAAGGUCUAUGUGACAGUCCUAGAUAUAAAUGACAAUACACCGGAGUUCACGGAAGCUGAAUACAAGAGGGACGUCUCGGAGUCUGUUGCCAUGGGAACCAGUGUCCUCACCAUUUCCGCGAAAGACAACGAUUUAAACAGCCGGCUGUUCUACAAGCUGACGGGAGCCGCUAACGCAAUCAGUCUCCAGUUGUUUGAAAUCGACAGUGAAACUGGUGUAAUCAGUGUCAAGCGAGCCCUGGACAGAGAAGUGAUGAACAAGCACGUGUUGACGGUCAUGGUCCGAGACCAGGGGGUUCCAUCCAACAAGAAUUUCACCCGAGUGACCAUCACUGUGAAAGACGUCAAUGACCACCCCCCACAGUUCAUUUCGGAUGUCCUUGAGACCGACGUGUUCGAGACGUCCACCAUUGGGACAUCUGUAGCCCAACUCACGGCCAUUGACCAAGACAAAGGGAUAAAUGCCGAAAUCACUUACUCUAUUGUUUCGGGUAACAUUGACAUGGCGUUUGCUCUGGAUGGAACUCUAGGCAUCAUCUCCGUGGCUAAGAAUCUGGACAAGAGUGAGAGAACGGAUUACAGCAUCCUGGUCAGGGCCACGGACAAAGGGGUCCCCCCACUCAGCAGUACGGCCACCGUCAACAUUCAUGUCACCAUGUCCAAUAACGCCCCUCCCAGGUUCCCACAGGAAAAAUACAUCGCGGAAGUGCUGGAGAAUUCUGUCAUUGGGAGUCCAAUUGUGACGGUCAAGGCAAACAGCCAGUCUUCUGUGAACUAUGAAAUCAUCAGAGGAAAUGAAAACAUGACCUUUUCUGUGAAUCCCAGUUCUGGUGUUGUGUAUUUGAAAAGUGGAGUUGACUAUGAGUCGGUGGAUUUUUAUAAUCUUACAAUUCUGGCUAUGAAUACUGUGGGUAAAUUGGAUGUGACUCUUGUCUGGAUACAUGUUUUGGAUGCCAAUGACAAUGAACCUUACUUUACCAAGACAUUUUAUGCAGGAAGUCUGAGUGAAAACUCACUUCCUGACAGCCUCAUUUUGGGAUCUGAUGGAAAACCAUUGGUGGUAACAGCAGACGAUGCUGACACCAAUGAAAAUGCUCAGUUGAUGUAUGAAAUUGUUGAUGAGGAAGCAGAAGAAUUCUUCACUAUAACAAGAGAUACUGGUGCUAUCAAAUCAAAAGUGUCCAUUGACAGGGAGAAGUUUAACAAAUUUGAAUUUCUGGUCCAUGUGGCAGAUUCUGGUCAGCCACAACUACAUGCCUCAGAGCCAGCUAGAGUUGUGAUCAAUGUGACUGAUGUUAACGACAAUCCACCUGUAUUUUCACUCCCAGAAUUCCAAGCAGAUAUCCUACUUCCUACGGCCUCUGAUGUGGAGGUCAUCACCAUGACAGCAACAGAUGCAGAUCGUGAUGAAAAUGCCAAUAUUGUGUACACGAUUAAAGAUGGAAACAAGGAUGGAAAGUUUAAGGUUGACAAGAGUUCCGGAACUAUAUAUGUUGUCAAUGACACAAACAUGCAGAACAAAUAUCAUCUAACCAUUCAAGCUUCAGAUGGAAAGUUUGACACUACUACAUCCUUAGUGCUAACAGUUACCCAAGGGUCUGAUGAUUUCAAUUUACUGUUACACCAUAAUGAAUAUAAACUGAGCAUCCCUGAAAAUGUGGCUGUUCCUCAGUCUCUGACUGUACUCCAAGUGGCCAGUGCUCUGAACCAGCCCAAUGUGUUCACUCUUCUGAACGGAAAAGGCAUGUUUGAAGUGGUGAGGACCUCAGGAGUACUACAGACAACUGGAAAACCCUUUGACAGGGAAGAGAGGGAACAUUAUAAGAUCAUAGCUCAGGUGGAGGAUCUAAGUGGAAAACAGAAGCCUCUCCACAUUAUGAUCCACGUCAACAUCCUGGAUGAGAAUGACAAUGCUCCACUCUUUGUGAACCAGCCCUAUGAUACUGUGGUGUCCACAGAGGCCGAAAAGGGAACCUUGGUAACUCAGGUGUCAGCUAUUGAUAAAGAUGCUGGUCUGAAUGGAAAUGUCACCUAUACCAUCGAGAAUCAUACAGAAAAUAAGUUCCGAGUGGAUGCCAGAACUGGUCAUAUCCAACUCGCGUCUUCCCUAACCGAUCAGGAUGUAGACCAGACUUUUACACUACAAGUGCGAGCCACUGAUAAAGGUCAACCCUCAAAGUCGUCUGAGGCAACAGUCCAGAUACGAGUGGUCAGCAACAAACAUCCAGUCUUUGAACAGUACUUUUAUUCUGUUGACGUUAAGGAGAGCUCCCCAGCAGGAACGUCUAUUUAUAGCCUUAAGGCCAUCAGUCCCAGCGACCACAAGCUCAUUUACUCCAUCACAGAUGGCGACCCUUAUAAGGAAUUCACUGUCGACUUCAACAUCGGCAUGGGACAUCAGGGUCCAUGCGUUAUUUCACUGACCACUGCACUGGACUAUGAGUCAACAAAGGUGUACAAUUUGACUGUUAGGGGCACAGAUGUCUUGACAGGGUCUUAUGGGGAGGCGAAACUUCAAAUAAAUGUCUUGGAUGUCAACGAUAAAAGUCCUUCUUUCACUCAUUACAAAUACACCACGGUCAUCUCUGAGGCUGCCGCUUUUGGUACAUCUGUACUCAAGGUCACUGCAGUCGACGAAGAUUCUGGAAUCAAUGCCAAAGUUCAUUACAACUUGUCCCCACUGGAAGAGUCCAGGAGUGUCUCCGUUUUCCAGGUCCACCCCACAACUGGAGUGAUCCGGACAAUAAGGUUGUUGGACUUUGAGGAGACACAGGAGUAUUUGUUCCAUGUCGUAGCUACUGAUGGUGGAAUGCCAGCCUUAAACAUGAGCGUGCCAGUUCACAUCAUUGUCAGCGACCUCAACGAUAAUCCUCCUGCUUUUGAUCAACCGACUUACUCUGGUGUGGUAAAGAACCCAACCCCAGGCUUACAUGUUGCCAAGGUGACGGCCUCUGACCCCGACAAGUGUAGUCAAGAGAAUCUGGAAUACUCCAUAGUGGGUGGAAAUGGUGACCAAGUCUUUCAGAUUGAUGCCAAGUCUGGGGUGAUAUCCAUAUCCCCUAGGAAACACUCAGUACUGUAUCCAGCAUACAUGCUCAAUGUGUCCGUGUCUGAUGGGGUGUUCACCGGCUUCACAACGGUCUCCAUUACCCUGGAGAACAACAACGCUCACUCCCCGGUCUUCACUCAGGUUCUGUACCAGGCCAGUGUCAUGGAGAAUGUGGGGAGAGGGAUACCCAUCACCACGGUGAAGGCUCAGGAUGAGGAUCGCGGAUACUAUGGAAUGAUCACCUACUCCGUUUUAUCAUCCGAGAUGAGGCAGUCUUUCAGUAUCGAUGCAGACGCUGGUGAGAUAUUUGCAGAAAGGCUUUUUGACAGAGAACUGCAAUCCUCGUACUCUAUAACAGUAGCAGCUACUGACAAUGGUGGUCGCAUGGGAUUCACCACUGUCAUUAUCGACAUCACAGAUGUCAAUGAUGUUGCUCCUGAGUUCCUCCACACAGGGUACAAGGUCUCCGUCCCUAUGAAUGCUGGGAAGGGUCGACCUCUGGUGCAGAUCCAGGCCAGGGACCCGGACCAAGGGGAUGCCGGCAGAGUGACUUACAAUAUAUAUGAUGCCUCUCUGAUCGUAGCUGGAACCCUGUUUACAGUGGAUCCUUCAUCAGGCAUUCUGAGUGUGAAGACUGAUCUAAGUGACAGAGUUGACCAGGUAUUCCAGUUCUUUGUUGAGGCAGUAGAUCAUGGAAGUCCCCAGCUGAAGAACAACGUUCCAAUAGAGAUCUACAUCUCCAAUGAUAAACAAGAUGCUCCCCUGACAAAACCAGAAACAACCUUCAUCAUUGCAGAGAACAAACAAGUUGGAAGCAUCGUUGGCAAAGUGGUAGUAGUUUCCAAGGCUCAGGUGGAUUUCAGCAUUAUUCCGGGGUCCACCAAGGACAGGAAUAGUCCUGAAACAUUUGGCAUCAACAGUGAGGGUGAAAUCUUCCUGUUGGAUCUGUGGAGGGUACAGAAAGUGCCUCAGUACAAGUUCACAGUACGGAUUGCACGUAGAGACAAUCCACAGGUUGUGGCUCAUACUCGGAUAACUGUCAUUGUGUCAAAUUUCCAAUCAGCUUUGCCUACUUUUGAGACUAGUUUAUAUGCAGUAUCUGUGGCAGAGGACCAGGAAAAGGGAACCAGUGUUGUGCAGUGUAGACUUCUGAGUGAAGGAAAAUUUAUCACCAAUGCUCAGUACAAGUUUGACCAUCAGACAACAGUGAAAUAUGAGCAUUCCUUUGAAAUUAAUGAGUAUACGGGCUGGAUAAGUUUGGUGUCAGAAUUAGACAGGGAAACUCAGGAAGUCUACAACUUGACUGUGCUUGCUGAGCAGAAGUUUGGAUCCACCACCAAAAUAGUGGCCAACACCACUGUCACAGUGACUGUGUCAGACUGCAAUGACAACCCACCAAUCUUCAGCCAGCCCCAUUAUCAGACAGCGGUCAAUGAAGACGCUCUUUCAGGAACGGUAUUCCUGGCUCUAAAGACGACCGAUGCUGAUGCAAACAGUGCUGUGGAGUAUUUUAUAGCAGAGGGUGACACCAUGGGCAGAUUUAAGAUCCACAAGAAUGGGGAUAUUUAUGUGACUAAACCUUUAGACAGGGAGACUGUUCCCCAUUACGAACUGACUGUGGCAGCUACUGAUGGGGCUUUGGAGUCCACAGCUAAAGUCAGUGUGGAGAUUCUGGAUGCUAAUGACAAUGCUCCUGUCUGUGAUGAGCCCAUCCAUCAGCAUGUAUUGUCGGAGGAUAUAGGGACCUCCACUAUCAUCACCCAGGUCAAGGCCACUGAUGCUGACAGCAUGUACACUCCUAAUGGAGAGAUCCAUUAUGUCAUCAAAGGGGAGAGGAACAAUGACCUGUUCACUGUCAACAGAGAGAAAGGUAUAUUGACCCAUAAGACAGAGCUGGACAGAGAGAAGCAGUCACACCACCACGUGGUGGUCAGUGCGGUGGACGGUGGAGGCCUGUCCUGUGACAUCGACGUUUACAUAGAGUUAUCUGAUGUCAAUGACAACGCUCCAACGUUUGUAGAUCUGCCUAUGAAAUAUGGUCUGCUGGAGUCGGCUUCUGUUAACACUCUACUGCUGAGAAUCACUGCUGAAGACCCAGAUCUUGGUAUCAACAGACAAGUUAGAUAUGGAAUGACGGACAAAGAGGAGACUUUCUCCAUUGAUUCACAGUCUGGUAUAAUCCAACUGAUAAAGGCUGUGGACCGAGAACAAAUCUCCCAGUACAAGCUCAACAUCUAUGCAUAUGACCAGGGUAUACCCAGUCUGACAACUACUGCAACUCUGACCAUAGAGAUACAGGAUGAAAAUGACAAUCCACCAGAAUUUGUUCUGUCUCAGUAUACAGCAGCAGUUCCUGAGAAUGCCACAGUGGGGACUCAAGUUGUCAAGGUGUUAGCCACCAGUAAAGAUAUCGGCCUCAAUGCCAAAAUGGCAUACAGCAUCACUGCUGGCAAUAACAACAAGAAAUUUGUCAUUGAUGAAAGUGAAGGUGUGAUUAGAGUUGCUAAUGACCUUGACCGAGAGGUCACUGCUGUGUACUUCCUGACCGUCAUGGCAACAGACCUGAGUGACUCACCACUCAGUAGCUCCACCUUUGUCACAGUCAACAUCUCAGACAUCAAUGACAACAAACCAUUCUUCUCCCAGGCUUCCUACAGAACUAGUCUACCAGAGGACACCGCUGUAGGAAAAACUGUGUUUGAGGUGAAUGCCAAUGACUUUGAUGAGGGGAAGAAUUCCUUGUUGACUUUCUCCAUCAUUGAAGGAGACAGCUGGCACAGCUUUGAGAUCCACCCUGUCACUGGAGAGAUAACUAUCCGUGCACCACUGGACAGAGAAAUGGUGGAUAAGUACCAGUUGGUGGUAGAGGUCAAGGAUUCUGGAUUACCUCCCUUGAGUAGCACCACCUUUGUUGCCAUGGAAAUUGAGGAUGUAAACGAUUGUGCACCACUCUUUUCUGAGUCAAGUUACAAUGCUACUGUCCAGAGACCUCCAACGGGACUAGAAGACCAAUACAUUGGUUACAAGAUAAUACACUACACAGUAACUGAUAAUGACCUUGACCCAAAUGGCCCACCUUUCACCUUUGACAUUGUCAGUGGUAAUGAAGGUCAAGAGUUCCGUAUUGAGCCCACAGGAAUCCUGAGUACUGCUGGGAAAUUCAACAGAGACAUCCGUGACUCCUACACCCUGACGGUGCGCGUCUUUGAUAACGGUACACCCAACCUCUACUCAGAUGUUAUCACCACCAUAAACAUCAUAGAGGAGGGCAUGAACCCUCCAGAGGUGAAAAAUCUAGAAAUAUCCAUCAGUUCUUAUGACGACAGUUUCCCAGGAGGGGUGAUCGGGAAGGUGGAUGCUUCAGACAAGGAUAUCUUUGAUACGCUGAGUUACCAGGUAGUGUCUGCCAACCGUCACUUGUUUGAUGUAGGAAUGGAUGACGGAAGAAUCAUUGCCUAUCCUGGUCUGGACUCUGGAAGCUACAUUGUCAAUGUUAGUGUAUCGGACAAAAGGAAUAUUGUGUAUGGAACUGUAAGAGUGGAUGUCCUCAUGAUCUCCUUUUCAAUGUUGGAAUCUUCUGUGACGAUGCAGAUUCAGGAUCUAUCCCCAGAGCAGUUCCUGGUGGACUAUCAGAGAAACUUCCAGAAAGCUGUCAAAAGAGCUCUAAAUGUGCGAGCCAAUGAUGUCCAGAUCAUCAAUGUCCAAGCUUCCAGCAACCUUGGUAGUGAGCCACUGGGCAGGGUAAAACGCAGUGCUGAUCAGAAAGAUCUGGAUGUGCUGUUUGCAGUGCAGAGGUCGGCUAAUGGAGCUUAUUUCAGAAGGAAGAAACUGGAGAGAAAGCUGAGGCAGAACUUGAAUGACAUUGAGAGCGAGUUGAAUGUCAGGGUCGUCAAGGUGUUUGGAGAUGUUUGUCCUCAAGAGUCGUGUAGGGAUGGCAAGUGUAUAGGAGUCAUCAACUUCAACAAGAGUCUGGCUGCCAUUAAAGUGGAGGGGAAGAGCUUUGUCACUGCCAAACACUCCUAUUCCUUUAAAUGUCUGUGUUCUAAUGGAAUCGAAGAUGUGAUGUGCCCUGAGGAACAUGACACCUGUGCUGCUGUUUUUUGCCCAACACAUCAAGUGUGUAGACAUGAGCCGUAUCAGAACCCCAGGUGUGUGUGUCCCGAGGGAAGAAGUGGAGAGUUAUGUGAAAAUGAGGACAGGUGUACUGAUGCUUCAUGCCUAAAUGGUAUCAAACCAAUGACCUUCUCUGGGAACAGUUUUGCUAGGUGGACUCUGAAGGAAGAGUUUACAAUAGAGAAGCGACUGAGUCUGUCCAUGAGAAUAAAGACCCACCGCCCUGUAGCCUCCCUGAUGUUUGCCACAGGGGACAUGGACUACAGCAUCCUAGAGAUCUACAAUGGUAUGGUCCAGUACAAGUUUAACUAUGGAAGUGGAGCAGGCUUGGUGAUGAUCCCAAUCCAUGUGGAUGACGGAAAGUGGCACACCAUUAACGUGGAGAGAAAUGACAAACACGCGGAGCUGACUCUCGACAACAAGUACACCAACAUGGCUAUCGCUCCAGGCAAGAGUAAGGUCCUGAACCUUCUGGAUAACGAUGUGUUCUUUGGAGCUGACGUCUUCAUCAGUUACAAUGGUUUCCCAGAGGUCAGGCGAGGCUUUGAUGGGUGUAUGGAGGACAUCAAGCUGUUUAACAUAUUGCUACCACUAAAGGGAGAGAAUGCUGUGGUGGAGGCCCAGGAAUUUAAAGAGGUGGAGUUCCACUGUAAAAACACCCUGGCCACACCCACUGGCUCCAGUAUCUGCAGUGUUGUUAGUUGUUCCAAUGGAGGAGUGUGUGUGCCCUACCCUCAGUAUGGAGGAUAUGAACACUACACCUGUCAGUGUCCGGAGAGGUACGAGGGAAACCAGUGUGAAAUCGACCUGGAUCCGUGUGCCAAUAAUCCCUGUGGAGGAAAUGGUGAAUGUCUGAAUGUUAAGGACUUGCCUAACGAGUUCUUGUGCAGGUGUCGGGACAACUACCAGGGCCAGUUCUGUCGGUACGGGAAGUUCUGCCACUCCUCCCCCUGUAAGAAUGGAGGCAGCUGUAUUGAGGGUCCUUCCUCAUUCCUGUGUCAUUGUCCCCCAGAAUUUACAGGUCCAACUUGUGAAGACGAGAGGUCAGAAGCUCCAGGAACUAAGUUUGUAGAAGCAAAUAUUGACUCCGAUGACUCAGGAAUUACUAGUACUACUCUGUAUAUAAUAGUUGGGGUGACUGGUGGUCUUCUAUUUCUGGCGAUUUUGUUUGUGGGAGUACAGUGCUACAGGAGACGUCUUAGCAGAACAGGGAGGAACGUCACCCUGGGCAUCGCGUACGACAGCGAGAGGGAUGUGAUGCUGAAGAGUCGUAAAGAUACCUGUAAAGUCAGUGACUUCGACAUCAGCAAAUUCAACUCCAACAUUCCCCCCAGUCCUCAGCCUCCCCCUGUACCUAACAGGCCUGCCUCCUAUACCCCCAGUAACCAUGACUCCCUCAACACUCUCAACAACCUGGACAAUUUUCACAACUACGGAUCUGCUGCUGAUGAACUGGAGAACUGCCACAACAUUCCUUACCUGACCCAGGAGUUUCUAUCCUUCCACGGUCCCCCUCCCCGCAGCAAUGCCAGCGUGGCCCCCUCAUUGCCCCCACCCCCUCCAUCUAACCCUCCCUCAGACACCGACUCCCUCCAGAAAGCAACAUGGGAAGGUGACUGUCCUAACAUGCUGGAAAAUUUAGAGGAAAAGAAACACCCAGAGAAAUUUCCACGCAUGCCUCGUCAAGGGUUUAUGUGUCCGGAUACUACCUCCUUCAGCAGUCUGCCCGUCUCCGAGUCUGAAGAUGAACCAGCUGCUAGGUGCAGGAAGAAAGGAAAAGAUUAUCACUGGGACGCUUCAGACUGGGCCCCUAGACCAUCCCUCCCCAACAUCAGUGAAGUUCCAAUCCAUGAAAUCCAUGAUUCUCCCAGUUCUAGUCCCCAUAGCAAUGAGUCCAACACCCACAUAGGAUUUCCCAACGGUCCCAUCAAUGACUCGGUUCUUUACACCGACCCAGAGCUGCUGGAGUCGGAGUAUGUCGGUGAUUCCGAGUUUGCGGACAAUGAGUACGAUAAUGAGGAGUGUUACAUGAGUCCACCAAACUAUCGGCGAGUGCUAGGACUUCCUCAAACUCCCGAGGAAGAGGAGGAGAGUUACGAACUCCCUCAGCAUCAGAUAAUUACACAUCCCAAUCAGUACCUACCUAAUCACAGUUUUACCCAAUCACAUGAGCAGAUGUCAGGUGACAGAGACUCACACAGUGAUUGGCCAGAACCUCCGUCAUGUGACGAGAAUGAAUUUUAUACAUCUGACAAUGAUGAAGAAGUUGUGACUUAUGGAUUCCCCAACACUAAAAAGUUAACCCCCGGUUUUGUUUCCGACGGGGGUAUAACAGACAGUGAAUACAAUGUCAGGAACUCUGUCAUAGACAGAAUGAGCAUGUCCUUGGGAGGAUAUGCCUCUACAAAUGCUUCUGUGUCUGACAUCUCAGGCCUGUGUGAAAUAGAGGACAGUGAGGUUAAUCUAAGUGAAGAGGAAAGCUGCGAUGACAAUAUUGACGAAAGUACACCUCUGAACAACCCAGGAGAGAAAAAUACAAACGUGUAAUGUGUGUGUCGUGUCUAGUGAUGUAAAUGUGCCAUACAAAAGUCAUUUAUCUCAGUGUGAAGAAAAACUAUCCCUGCCAUGCUUCUGGUGUUGUGAUUUAACCUUUAACCUCUGACCUCAUUUUUUCAUGUCAGUACAAAUCUUUUAUAUUGAUGAUGUCAAUGCUGCUUUAAUACAAAAAAAAAUAGCAUGGUGCUAGAAAUACAUGUUUGUGUUAGCUGAUUCCUGGCAUGGAAACUAAACAUCAUGGAUGGAUUUAUAAAAUGUUUUAGUACAAUGUAUUUUAAAUGGCAAGUUCUCUUUUUUUAGCCUCUGUUUCCAUCCCUUCAUUGUAGAUGUUUAAAUUGUGAUAUAAAUAGAUCUGCCAAAACAUUUGUUCAUAAAAAUUUUUUGUCUUGUACAUAUAACAAAUCAACUUCACCCACCAUUUUACCCAAAGUAUUUUCCCCAUAUUUUGAUUGGUUGUAACAGUAAGUUGGUCAUUAAGAUGGACUAUUGUGUUAUGCAUGCAUUUAUUUCACUCUGUAAAGGUACCAAGAUAGGUACUGACUUUGUUAUAAUUAUUUAUUCUAUGUUAAUUAUACCGCUGGUUGUGAUUUGAGUGUAAUUGACAGCCUCUUGAAAUAUGUUGUGUAAUGAAUUUGUUAUUUGUUUUUUUGUAGAAAAUAUAAACUGUUGAUUUUGAAUGUAUACAUGUAUUAUUUAGAUGUUUAUAAUGAAUGCAAUGGAUCAAUUUCAGACAUCUCAUUUAAUGGAGAUGUGUUUUAAUGAUAAGAAUUGGUUGUACAAGACAAUUUUAACAUUCUUCUUAAACAGAGUGGCUAGAAAUGCAUCCUGAAUUUUAAUUUAUCAAAAAUAUUAAUAUAUAUUUUUUUUUGUACAAAAGUGCUUUAUUUAUCACUCUGUGGAAACAUUUUUUUUCCUGUUAAUAAAUAUGAACCCUGGUAGAUUUUACUGCAUUGAUACAUUUUCCAUGACACAAUUUUACCAUUUUACAAUGAAGAAAUAUAAUUUGAUGACAUUUAUAAUGGUGCUUACACUUAAAGGUUGUGGCAUAAAAUUUAAUGCUGAAAGGACACUGCAACAAAAACCCAUAUUUUACAAUUGCCAUUACACGUUAAGGUUAUAAUACAUAUUUCUUGUAUGAAAUGUGAUAAAAACAUUUAAUUACUUUUACAAGAUGUUUUAAGAUAGACAGUGUUCAAUGUGUUCAUAUUAUAAUCAUUUCAUCAAAAGGGUGAUUUUUAGCUGUAUGUGUUUAGCCAGUAAUUAAUUUCAUUGGUCUCAGUUUUUUUAUAUAUUAAAUACAAUGUAAAUGAAUCAUUUGUCAUGAGAGAUGAAAGAAACUGUGUACAUGUAUCUGCAUGUGCAGUGUAGAAAUGGCUGAUGUUAUAGUGCAUUGUGAGUCUAUACAAAUUACAAAUAAAACAGUCAAAUAUA